AUCCCUCAAAGCAACCAAUUGGCUUGAAAACUGUCUGGUCAUGAGUCGUACAUACACCUCGUCCUUCGCUCUUGAACGAGGUAGAAUGUUUUUCCGCCUGCAUUAAUAGCGGACGCAUCAACACAUGAGCGGGAUGCUACGGCAAGGGACGCGAACUAUUUCUAUGGCCUGCGGACUCUUGGAUCCCAACCGCGCAAUUCUUAUGGAGGUCCGCUGCCUGCAUUGUAUCUAUUACGGAUGGGUAUAAAAUCGCUCCUCAUGGAUUCUGCUCAGCAUCUUUUCACCUUUCAGGAGACAGAACGCCACUAUGUUCAUGCUCAGUUUCUUCGUCCUCUUGCCACUCGUCUCACUCGCCGCAUGCGCUCCUGACAUAACCUCGAUACCACUGAACACCAUUGCAAAACAACAUCGUAAGUUGUAUUUUGGCACAGCGACAAACACUGUCGAGUUCGUGAAUGAUACUGCGUACCGCGAUAUUAUACGAAACAACAAAAUGUUUGGGCAGAUCACUGCGGCUAAUAGUAUGAAAUGGGUUAAGUUUCAAAUACUCAAUCGAUUUGUACAGCGUUUCUUAUCAUCAACUAGGAGAAUACAGAGCCAUCGCCGGGAGAGUUCACGUUCGACGACGCUGACCAAAUUGUCCAAUUCGCAAAAACGCAUGGUCAAAUUCUUCGUGGACAUAACUGCGUAUGGCACAAUCAGCUACCAGAUUGGGUUGCCAAUGGGACAUUUACCGAGUCUGAGAUUUUGUCUGUCGUGCGACGACAUUGUGGUACGCUUGUUGGGCGAUACCGUGGACAAAUAUUCUUGGGAUGUCAUCAACGAGGUUAUCAACGACGACGGGACCUUCCGUGAAGAUGUAUUCUUCAACUCGUCAGGCACCAAGUACAUUGCCACUGCUUUCCAUGCCGCUCACGCUGCAGACCCUUUCGCCAAACUCUAUGCCAAUGACUUCAAUAUUGAAGGUCCCGGUCCAAAGUCCACCGCCUACCAGAACCUUAUCGAAACUCUGAAGAAGGAAGGCGUCCCGAUCCACGGUCUCGGUAUUCAAUCACACUUGGUCGUCGGCGAGCUUCCUGUGAACAUCAAGGAAAACCUCGAAGCGUUUACGAAGCUCGGCAUAGAGGUUGCGCUCACCGAACUUGACAUUCGCAUGACAUUGCCCGAGACGCCCGCUCUGCUGGCUCAGCAGAAAAAAGAUUACGAGACUAUCAUCUCUGCGUGCAACGAGGUGAAGGGUUGCAUUGGGAUUACGAUCUGGGAUUUCACGGAUAAGUACUCGUGGGUUCCUGGAUCAUUCGCUGGUGAGGGCGAUGCCUGCCCUUGGGAUGAUGAUCUGCAAAUUAAACCCGCGUAUUUCGGGAUUAUCGACGGGUUCAGUAAGUGAAUAUGACAGUUCCGACGUAUUGUUCAAACACAAUAAUGAAAUUGGACAUAACUUUGAUUUCGACGAAUACAUGAUGCAUCCAGGACACACGAAAAAAGGGGCACCGGAAGA